GUGCUGAGCUGGUGGCUUUGCGGGUGGUGGAAUGGAGACCCUCUUCCCUGCCCCGUUCUGGGAUGUCCUCUACGACAGCCACCUUCAGGGUAACCUGUCCCUCCACACGGCCAACCACAGUGAGCUGCCCCCCAGCCUGCUGCUCAACGUCAGCCACAGUGCCUUCCUGCCCCUCGGCCUCAAGGUCACCAUCGUGGGGCUCUACCUGGCCGUGUGCGUCGGGGGGCUGCUGGGGAACUGCCUCGUCAUGUAUGUCAUCCUCAGGCACACCAAGAUGAAGACCGCGACCAACAUUUAUAUCUUCAACCUGGCCCUGGCCGACACUCUGGUCUUGCUGACGCUGCCGUUCCAGGGCACAGACAUCUUGCUGGGGUUCUGGCCGUUUGGAAAUGCCCUGUGCAAGGCAGUCAUCGCCAUCGACUACUACAACAUGUUCACCAGCAUCUUCACGCUGACGGCCAUGAGCGUGGACCGCUAUGUGGCCAUCUGCCACCCCAUUCAUGCCCUUGACGUCCGGACCUCCAGCAAGGCCCAGGCUGUCAACGUGGCCAUCUGGGCUCUGGCCUCUGUGGUUGGAGUUCCUGUCGCCAUCAUGGGUUCUGCACAGGUGGAGGAUGAAGAGAUCGAGUGUCUGGUGGAGAUCCCUGAGCCCCAGGACUACUGGGGCCCUGUAUUUGCUGUCUGCAUCUUCCUCUUCUCCUUUGUCAUCCCUGUGCUGGUCAUCUCGGUCUGCUAUAGCCUCAUGAUCCGGCGGCUUCACGGUGUCCGUCUGCUCUCGGGCUCUCGGGAGAAGGACCGGAACCUGCGGCGCAUCACGCGGCUGGUGCUGGUGGUGGUGGCUGCGUUUGUGGGUUGCUGGGCACCUGUGCAGGUCUUUGUGCUGGUCCAAGGCCUGGGAGUUCAGCCUGGAAGUGAGAUUGCUGUGGCCAUUCUGCCCUUCUGCACAGCCCUGGGUUAUGUCAACAGCUGUCUCAACCCCAUCCUCUAUGCCUUCCUGGAUGAGAAUUUCAAGGCCUGCUUCCGCAAGUUCUGCUGUGCAUCUGCCCUGCACCGGGAGAUGCACAUGUCUGAGCGUGUGCGCAGCAUUGCCAGGGAUGUGGCCCUGGCCUGCAAGACCUCAGAGACGGUACCACGGCCGGCAUGACUAGGCGUGGAUCUGCCCAUGGGGCCUGUCAGUCCACAGAGCCCAUCCACGCCCAACACAGAACUC